ACGAAUAAGCCCAAUUGUUGACCCAGUUGCUGCACCAUCCAUCCCCAUUCCUUCAACAAAUUCUGCAGCUAUGGAGGAAGAAGGACAAUAGCUCUUCCCUCGUAAUCAUCAUCACCACCAGGAUAGAGAAGAAAUUAAACAAAGCCCAGGAAUAUUUAUCACCAAACCUGAGUUACAGCUGAAAACAUCUCCACCGUCUCUUAAGAUGCAAGGCACGGAAGAUCUGCAUUCGGUGAGUAGUCCUAGGAGAGUGCUUAGUUUUUCAAAGAGGAGGAAGGCGACUGUAUCCUUUCUUGAUCCCGAUGACAAAGCUGCUUCUGGGUUUGGUGUGUCUGGAGAUCAUGGCCCCAAAUCCUCUGAAGUUUAUGGUUUUGUAGGCUCCAUUACUACCGUUGUUGCCACAGCUAUUUUCUUUGUAUGGGCAUAUGUUCCUGAAAAUUGGUUGCAGGCAAUUGGAAUCUUUUACUAUCCCAACAAGUACUGGGCAUUGGCUGUGCCAACCUAUGGCAUGGUGACAAUCUUAUUAGCUCUGCUAUUUUACGUUGGUCUCAACUUCAUGUCAACCCCACCCCCUACUUCCUUGAAUACAAUCUUCGAUGAGUUCAGUAGGGAACCUUCAACAUUCAUUCCAUCGCUGGAGGGAGAUGAGCAGCCCAUUGAACCCAUAUCUGAUAUUGGCAUCAAUAAAAUCAAUGAUCUCAUGUUUAAUGAUGUGAAGUAAAAUUAUCGACCUCAUGUUUAUUGAUGAAGAAUGAACAGUGCACGUCAAAAGAAGCUGUUCUGCCAAAUUUACAGUAUAGUCAUGAACAUUCAUUUUACAUUGCAACUUGCUUGAAACGUGUGUAACUUGUCUCUUUGCAUAUGAAUAUAAAAUCUCAUUACUUCUCAGUCUUAAAA